AUGACCAAUGGCUUGGUCAAAGCACAGGUAGCCUGUGAGGUGAAGGAUGUCUGGGAUGAUGACUCUGGGGAGGAGGAGGAUAAUGAUGAAGUGACUUUUGUCGACCUUGAUGAUGUCUUGCAAGACAUGAAUGAGGAAGAGGUGGCUACUUUCAAUGCGGGGAUAAAAGUUGUGUACAGAAGUUCCAUCUCAAAGUGCACAGCUUUGUGGGACAAGGCCAGCCGUUCCACAGUGGGUGCAGAGAUUGUGGAUGAAGUCCUUGAGAGGAAGCUCCUUGUCCCAUGUACAGCCAGAUGGAACUCGUUUUAUGAUGCCAUUGCUCGUGUCUGUGAAUUCCCAAUCACCGAGCUGAAGGUCAUCACAGAUCGGGAGUACCAGUUCCUCCGAGAAUAUUGCACGGUGAUGAAGCCACUAACAGUAGCCCUUGACAUUCUUCAGGGUGAAGACAACUGUUUCUAUGGGACCCUACUCCCCACACUGGAGACAUUGAUCACCAAGAACCUGGACUUGAAGACUGGCCUCCAAAUCCUUGGUGACCUUCCAGAGGCUGUGGUCAAGGCAAUCAAAGCCAGAUUUGCAGAGGUGCUGCAAAGUGAGACUGCUGUCUUGGCUGCGGUGGCACUGCCUAGAUUUAAGCUACGCUGGCUGCGGACACAGGAAAGGAAGGACAAUGCCAAGGCAAGUCUGCUGGCAGAGUGCCGUAGAAUUACCAAAGAUGAAGACCAACCAACAGGUACCAAUGCACCAACACACCACCUCAACACCAACUCAGCCACAGAGGAUGAUUUUUUUUCCUUCGAGGAGGAGGAGGACAACUCUGCUUCUGUGGAAAGCCAAAUUGGUGACUAUUUAAAAUCAGGAGCACAACGGAUGGACAUGCUUAACGGAUUCCCUCUAGUAAAGAAAGUUUCACUGAAAUACAAUGCAGCCACUCCAUCCAGUGCCCCAGUAGAAAGACUAUUUAGCCUGGCGAAGCUCGUCUUCACCCCAAAGAGAAACAGAUUGACAGAUUUGAAAUGCUGCUGCUUCAUAGAUAUAAUAAAUGGUUUGAAGGGUAGGGGAACCAUCUAGGAGCUGAUGUCUGUCCAACAUGUAAAAACGUCCAUUUUGUUAAA